AUGUGGAGGCGUGCAAACAAUAUUUUAUCUUCCCUCUAUUUAGUGGUGCAUGAAACUCCAGUUGAUAGUAAGAAAGAUGACUAUGAUGAUAAAAGUACGUCUGUUGAGGAGGAGAAAAAUAUGUCUGAAGAAGAAGAAAUUACUAGUGUGAAGAAGAAUAAGUCUACUAAGAUUGUAAAUAUUGAUGAUCUAGAUUCUGAUGAUGAGCCUAUUGGAAAGAGAUUGGCCCCGAGUAUUGCUAAAAGAUUAAGGAAUAUAACAGGGAAGGAUGCUGCAUUGCAAGCAAGCCAUCUAAGGCUCCCAAGAAAAGUGUUGUUGUUGGACAUGAUAAAGAUAUUUGGAAAAAAGGUCCCUACUAAUGUGCCUGAAGUUUCCAUUAACAACAUCUCUUUUCACUCUGUUGAGAAUGUUGAAAAAUGGAAGUUUGUAUACCAAAAGAGGUUAGCUUUAGAAAGAGAACUUGGGAAGGAUUCCCUUGAGUGUAAGGCGGUAGUAGGUCUUAUUAAGAAUGCAGGAUUAAUGAAGAGUGUUUCUGGGUUUGGUAAGUGUUAUGAAAUGAAGGUAAAGGAUUUCAUUAUGAACAUUCCUACAAAUUGUGACAAUAAGAAGAGUAAGGAGUACAUAAAGGUAUAUAUGAGAGGUAGAUGUAUGGAGUUUUCUCCUGAGGUGAUUAACAGGUUUAUAGGAAGGUGUAAGGAUGAGCAGGCUGAAGUAGAAGUAAUUGAUAACACUGUUUGUAAAGAAAUCACUACCAAACAGGUGUCACAAUGGCUAAGAAAGGGCAAGCUAUCAGCUAGCAAGCUGAGUGUGAAGUAUGUUGUGCUUCAUAGGACAGGAACUACCAAUUGGGUUCCUACAAAUCAUACCUCAACCAUAGCUACAGGUUUGGGUAAAUUCAUUUACAUUGUUGGAACAAAAACCAAGUUUGAUUUUGGGUCUUAUGUCUUUGAGAAAACCCUGAAGCAUCACCCUGGGAUCUUGAUCAAUUCUGAUGUAACAAGUAAGAGGGAAUCUCCCAUAUCCUUGCGUUAUAGGUUAUUUGCAGGGAUACAUGUCCCAAAGAUUGUCAUGACAUCUGGUAAAGAAACUGUUAGUUCAACCUCAAAGGAUGAGAAUAUUGAUGUAUAUGCUACUAUUGAUGAAGAAACAUAUGCCAGUUCUGAUAUCUGA